AAGAUGAAGAAGAAACACUUCCGUUCCCUUAUUCACUCAAAUCAGACAUUUUUAAACAUAGUCAACUGUGUGGUGAGUUGAAAGUGUAGACAUGCGCGGGGUUGUGUUUUUAGCGGUGACGAUGCUUUCUCUUAGCCCGAUGAUGGUGUGCGGGUCCGAGAAGAAAAAACUGCAAAUCGGCAUCAAGAAGCGAGUGGACAACUGUCCCAUUAAGUCCAAGAAGGGAGAUGUGCUGAACAUGCACUACACGGGCAAACUGGAAGACGGCACCGAGUUUGACAGCAGCAUUCCCCGCGACAGACCUUUCACCUUCACGCUGGGCACCGGGCAGGUGAUUAAGGGUUGGGACCAAGGCCUGCUCGGCAUGUGCGAGGGCGAGAAGAGGAAGCUGGUCAUCCCCGCGGAGCUCGGCUAUGGCGACCGGGGAGCUCCACCGAAGAUACCCGGAGGAGCGACGCUCAUCUUCGAGGUAGAGCUGAUCAACAUCGAGAGGAGAUCUGAACUUUGAUGAAAGAUGGCGCCUUAUGGAGGAGCUAACAUCUUUUGGGGGUCCAUUGAGGCUGGUCUGGCUUGACAUGAAGGAUGUGAAUCUCCCUGCAGAACCAUUGCUUUGUUUUAUGUGUUCUACUUUAUUGUAUAAAAAAAAUCACACAAUUCCCAUGAAUUUUACAUUCGAUGGUUCUGUCACUAGCAUGUAGGCCUAUAUUUAGAUGUGUUCUUUUUAAUUAAAGGGAUUUUCUACAGAUUACUGUAUGCCAAAUGUUUUUUCUAUAUGUUUGAAUAAUGAUCAUAAAAACUACAUUUGGAAAACA